AUGAAUCAACUUUAAAAGAAACUUUUACUUUCUAAGGCCUCUUAAUAGUUCUUAAAUCCCACUAGCUCACUUUUAUUACUUGGCAUUAGUCCUGCUUACAGUAGGCUUUCUGAAGGCAAUAUGUUCACUCAUUUGAGAUCAGUGAGAACUUAUCACCCAAACACAGUUAAAAAAUAUUGGGAUGAUUUCCAUCCUACAUAUUAUGACAACCCUGUGAGACAAAGCAACGGCAAAGGAAAAGUGAAAUACAACUCUGCUGAUCCUCUAUGGCUUGAUGAGAGAACUGAGCACGUCACUGGUGGUGUUUAAGUGUACGUUGAUACAAUUAAAGACAGAGAAUCAUAUGAUCUGCCAUUUAAGUAUAUUUGCUGGAUAUUCUAUCAAAUGGCUAAACGUGAGAUUUACGACUAACAAAUAGUCAGAAGGUUGGAGCCUGAGGGCAUUAAAAAAGAUAUUAAGACAAUUCUUCCCAGACACGCUAUGGGAAUUUUGUAUUCUUAUUACAGAAUGGGAUGGGGCUGUAAAUACGCACUAGAUCAUUUUGAAUUGAAUAUGACUAAACUAGUUGAAGGUCUUCACAUUUAAGACAUAAUUGAACUACUCGAUGGAUUCAACAUGGGAUUAAGCACAGAACCAGAAUACAUGAUUGAAAAAAUGAACUCUCAGUAUAAGGCUUAGAUUCUGAAACUUUGGGACUCUGAAGCUGUCUAUCACUAGAGAGUGAUAUUUGAAUUGUUAGACUAACUUGAAACCUUAGGUUAUUUUGAUGAGGAAAUUUGGGUUAAGGCCGCUGACACUCUAUGCCACAAGAAGAGAAUUAACAACAUAUACUUCUUUGAUAUGUUCUACACCAGGUUUACAAAAUACAACAACGACCCAAAGAAUCCACUGUUCAAGAAACUUGACAAGCAAAUCUAGACUAUCGUUGAUAGGCAUUAUACAUUAGAUAGAAAGUGGAGAUACACUCUCGAAGAUGGUGGCAGACUAAGAACUUUGCAAGAGUUAAUUGAUGUUAGGGAGGAGCCUUAACUAGAAGACUUCAGAAUGUAAAGGUCUGGAGUUGACUAGGGAAAACUUGAGCAUGCUAAAGCUAUUGAAAGAAAGCUAAAGAGAUUAAGGAUGGCAAAGCUUGACAAGAAUGUGUUCGAUGAGAUUCUAGAUGAGAUGAUGAACUAAAAGAAAACUUUGCUUGAGAUGCAAGCUGAGUUAGACGUUGACGAGCAGGCUAUUCAAGAUGCCUAGGAUAGAAUAGCAAAAAAGAAGCAAACCUUGUUGGCAGCAUAACCCCAGGCACCAACUAAGCCAGAUCCCAAAGGAAAAGAUAAAAAAGCAGCUAAAGUGGGGAAAUGA